UAUACUGAAACUUGUAUGGCUCCAUGGCAGAGCCGCCAUGAUGGCUUUCUGUAAUACACGCUCAACACGCAAAGUUUCCAAGUUGUUUUACUGUAUUUGUGACUGAGUGCGUGUAAAUAAGAACGAUGGGAACGUACUAGGGAUCACGAAGAAUUGUUCAGUGCCCGUCUCGGACGGUCCGAGUGACGAGGAGGCCGCGUUUUCGUGGUUUUAUGUUGGCCUUGUCGGGUGUUUCGUGCUGUCAACAAAAAUGUCCAAGCUUUCGUUUAGGGCGAGGGCCCUGGACGCUGGCAAGCCCAUGCCCAUCUACAUGGCUGAGGAACUGCCAGAUCUUCCCGAUUUUUCGGCGAUUAACCGGGCAGUUCCUCAGAUGCCAUCCGGAAUGCAAAAAGAGGAAGAAUCCGAACACCAUCUGCAAAGAGCAAUAUGUGCCGGCCUCAUCAUUCCAACACCGGAGGUUUGCGACAUGCCCCACAAGGAAUUCUACGACAAAGUUUAUCCUGCCAACUACAAGCAGCCUCGACAACUCAUACACAUGCAACCCUUCACAAUGGAACAGGACAUCCCCGACUACGACAUGGAUUCGGAAGACGAGCGGUGGCUGCAGUCGCAAACGCAGCGACUGGAUCUAUCGGCGCUAAAAUUCGAAGAGAUGAUGGAUAGGCUGGAAAAGAGCAGUGGCCAAACGGUGGUUACGCUCAAUGAGGCCAAAGCACUCUUGAAGGAGGAUGACGAUCUCAUUAUUGCAGUAUUCGAUUAUUGGUUGAACAAACGCUUGAAAACGCAACAUCCCUUAAUACUAACGGUAAAAACUGAACACCGCGCUGGUACAGCGGCAAACAACCCGUACCUUGCGUUCCGACGACGCACCGAGAAAAUGCAGACGCGCAAGAACCGCAAGAACGACGAAGCGUCUUACGAAAAGAUGUUGAAGUUACGACGCGAUCUUUAUCGGGCCGUUACGCUUCUGGAGUUGGUGAAGAGACGCGAAAAGAUCAAGCGCGAAUACGUUCAUCUCACGGUCGAGGUAUUCGAAAAAAGAUAUCAAGCCAAGGACUUCAACGGGGCCAUCAUGGCCGAGGCGUCCGCCAUCAAAUCGUCGAGACCCGCUUUCACACCUAUUUUCCACAACCACUACACGAACCAAGCCAGUUGGUCGACCAAGGCAGUACUCAAGGAUGAAGUGAUCCCUCGGAGAGAGAAACGACCGUACAAGAAACGGACGAAACACAAGUCGCUGUCCCAGCAAAUGGGCGGCACGAUGGGAGCGGGAGCAAUAGACGCGGUGAACGCCAUGUCGUCGGACGAGGACGCCCUCAUGUCGCAGUUGUCGCCCGAGAACGAGGAAACCGAGGAGGAUGGUCCAUACGUUUUCAAAAGGAACAAGUUGUGUUCCUAUCACAUGCCUUUGCCGAUGCAGGGUAAUUGGCCAUGGUGCUCGAUGGAUGAUAGGGGUUCGGCGGACAAUCGAUAUCGCUUCACUUUGACCUCGUUAUUACACCCGCGGAGACGAUGCAUCGGUUUCGCACGUCGCCGUCUCGGCCGCGGGGGCCGUGUCAUUCUGGACCGCGUGACCACCAGCCUGGAUGACUACUGGCGCACCUUGGACUUCUCGAUCCUCGAACCCGAGUCUAAGACGGUGGAGACGGCGGCGACAACGGAGGCGUCCUCCCGUACGACGGACAUUGCCAACGCGUCGGUUGUUAACGCUUGGAACAGUAGUAGUGUGGGGCCAGUGAACAAUAUGCUACACCCUGUCGAUGUGAAAAACGAGUUGCUUGUUAGUGCAGGCGCGAGUCGGACGAGUUUCGGUGACAAUGGCGUCGCGAGUAGUGUAUUCACGAAAGUGAUAGAGCAGCAGCGGGACGAGGUGAUGGCCCAAGCGGCCGAUACUGGGCCCAAAAAGGCCGAAGCGACCAUACACCAACACACCAAAGAAGAGCACGAUGAUAUGGUAGAUUUUCUACAAUCUGUGCGGAAAGAAUGGUUACAUUUUCGACCGAAAACACCGCCGCCCGAAGACGAGGAAUCCAUGCCGACGUGGGGGGUCAGCGUCGACAAUACUUCCGACCUCAUGGCCUGUCACCCCUUCACCAUGGAGAUCCAGUCGUUGGUGGAUGAGAGCGAAGCACCCAGCGCAUUGGUCGACACAUCCACCUUCCUCACAGAUCCUUACCUGUUAGAGACCGCCAACCUCGACAUGGAGGUGCCCAUCACGGACACGAGGCAGGCACAGCAACAAUCGGAUAGUUGCUCGUUGACGUCUUUCAACUCCGGUUCGUCGUCGUCGUCCUCCAGUAGUUCGACGCCGCCCUCAGGUUCGACGCCGUCCUCCGUUUACAGUUUGACCCCCACGCCCAGUGCGACCUCCAUCACCAGUACGACCUCCAUAAACGGUUUGGUGGCCGAAACGGAAUUGCUGCUUGAACGCAUGUCGACCGCCGGCUGCUCCACGUUUACGUUAAAAGAAUACGGCAACAAUGCCACAUCCAGACUGAACGUGAUGCCACUGCUGGGGAACGGUCUAAUCACAGCGGCCAAUUCGGUCGUGUUACCGCCGUUAAUUUCGCAAAACAAGACGUUGUCCAGUGGUAGUCCGAACAAAAACAAUCACGGAGGGGCGACCGGCAAUUCCCCGCAACAGGGAACGACGGACAUUGGUCAUACCGUGAGCAGGAUCAUCGUACCCGAAUUGACGCCUAACACCAACGGCCUCGUUCCACAUUUUGGUAGCUUCGACGUGAGUGCUGCAAGUAGAACAAAUAAUAAACAUAAAUUAUACGCUUAUUCUGGCGCAAUGGGGUACUCGAACGCCUCCGGACCGGGAACGUUCAGUCUUCAUACGACAGCACAUACCCUUACGCUUAAUAGUCAUAGUGCCAACCUUCUGGAGAUCCCGAUGACCGCAGACGAGGCGGACUCUAUGACGGACGCCAAGCUGGAAGCGGCUGGAACCGCAACGGCAACAGCAGCGUCCGCCGGCGCCAAUGCCAACACCUCAAAAACUAUCGUGCGCAAAAACAACCUAAUUAUGGAGGUGACGUGAUGAUUGGCCACCGAACACGUGCAGAGUUGGAGGAUGAGGUCGGCCGCAGCAUCGUCGAAACGGAGGUCCGCGCUUGUCCACAAUGCCUGUGAGAUUUUUACGUGAAGUCUCUGUGAGACGUGGAGAACACGGGAGAGCCAUGCGGUAUGCUUGGCGCGGUGGCGGAUUUCGAAAAUGGUAAUUAUUUUUUUUUGACAUUUGCCACCUCUCUGUAUGUCUUAUCUAUGCGGAUGAGCAGCAAUGUUGCGAUUUAACCUUUUUUUUAUUUAUUUAUUAGCAACAUAUGCUAUGGAAAUGAACUGUUACUGGUAACGCUGAAUUAUAUUUAUAUAUUGUGUUUUGAUGUACUACUACUACUACUAUUGAUCUUUAGAUCUUAUAUUUUACAAUUAUUUUGUAUUCGCAAUUAUGUUUACGUUAUUGUACAUUUACAAUCCUUUUUUUACGUUUCUUUUUAUAUUUACAAUUUGCAAUUACAUUUGUUGAAUUUGCACAACUAAAACGCAUUUAAAAUCACGUUUCCCAGUAAUUAUGUUUCGGUGAGAAAUUAUGUACAUUUGAUUAGAAAUGAUUAUCCUUAUAUUGUAAAAUUGUGAAAUUACGAGGAGUCCAAAAGUUCAUUUUUACUUAUUAUUUUUUACCCCGCAAUUCGAUUUACACUGACUACUUCCAAUAUUUGAUCAACGUAGAAAUCACAGGCAUUGUCGAAGUUUAUUAAUUAAAAAAUACUAUUGUAUAAAGAUAAAUUCUGUUCUUAUUAAUUUCUUGAUAAUUUAUUUUCCUUUUGUAAUUAUGUAACUCUAGUUAUACCUUUAAUAUGUAAGAAUUGAAAAAAGGCUGUUGAAGUAUAUUUAAUAAUUUAUUGUUUGUAAAUGAAAUAUUGUUAUUGUAAAAACUGUGUACUUACACCACAAGUCGAUUUGUAACUUUUUUGAGUAAUUAUUAAAUUUAUUUUUUUAACGUGUUAUUUUCAUGAUAAUGUAAUUUGCCGCCUAUUUCAUUUACUGCAUCGUAACUUAAGACAGUUUUUUAUGCAUCUACUACUGCAACAAAAAAAAAAACGAAAAUAGAGAUAGUUUCACUUAUGGUAUGAUACAAUGUGAACAGCAAAAAAUAUACAUUUUUACUGUUUAUUAGUAAUUGAUCUGCCAAAAGUGAAGAAAAAAAAUGGUGUGUUAUAUUUCAGCUUAUAUGUGUCUAUAUAAUUAUUAAUUAAGAUGACUACCCACUUUGAGGCAGGUCAUAAAGAAAAAGGUAAAUGCUGAUACGGAAUUCAAUAUUUGAAGGUUGUACUGCCGAGUACAUUUGUAUGUUUUAUAAACAAUACUAACUAAAAAAAAGGCUGUUAAUAAAAAGUUUAAAAACGACGUUGGUUAAAUUUGCGCUCUCUUGUUUUUUUGUACGAGUGGACACAUGCGAAAAUCGAUGUCGAUUGGGUUUUUGAAUACUUUUUACAUUGAUUAUUUUGAUUUCAAAUACAUUUUAUGUCAAUUUUCUUUGUGUCCCAGCUCUUGACGCAGAGUGUCCGUGAAAAACGUAGUCAAUAUUAAGAGAGCCUUAGCCAUUUAACGCCAUUUACAAUUUACGUUUGAACAUGCCCGACACUCUGUGCUUUUCAUUGUUUUUACGUUUCGCGGAAGUAACUCCUGUCAGUAAAUGAAACAAAAUGUAAAUUUUCUUCAAUAGGAAUUAAAUAAUGCUUUUUCCCUUAUUCAAAUAUAAAAUGAUAUUGAAAUUGUAAAUACUUCAUUUUAUUGUUUGUAAAUAAAGAUGACGCAGUAUUUUUUGUACAAAUUUUUGUGAAAUAUAUUUUAGACUAUUAGGUGCUUAGGUUCCACGGAAAAAGUAUUAUUUAAACUUGUUUAUCGAAUCAAUGGUGCAAGCAAUAGAUUUUAAGGUCACAUUCCCAUUCUGCAUGUGAAAACUUUGAAUUAACAGUACAAAUCGAAAAUCGUAAUAUGUGAUCAUUUAAUUAUUAAUCUUAGAAUGUUAUUAGUUUAAUUAAUUCGUUUAUACUGUUAAUUCAUUUGAAAAGACAAGAGUGUACAGAUGUGGUACAGUUAUUUUAAAAUAAUUUCAUUUAUCUGUACGUCUUGUUGAAAAAAAAUAAAAGCUUCAACAUUGAUUGUUUUUCGGAUUGUGAGUGGACUAUUGACAAACCCCGUGCUUUUUGUGGGGAUUGUUAAAAGUCGUAUUGACAAUCUAUGUUGUAGAAUGUGGUAUUAAUUUAAGAUAUUGCGAUUACUAUUACGGGUCUAUCUAUAAUAAAUGAACGUAUUUGGGUUUUUCGAUUAGUACAUCUGAAUGUGAAUAUUUGUAAAUAUGUGAUUAGACUAUACCUAUGUGUAAGAAUGAUAUAAAAUAAAAUCUGUCAUUCAGAUUUAACAUUCAACGUAACAACUUGGUUUUCUUAAAAAACGAUUAAUUUUACCCAUAUCAAUUAUUAUCCUAUUAUGUAAUUCUUUCAUUUUUAUAAAUAUUAGACUAUUGUCUUUCAUACUCAUUUCUCGUUUUUUAUGUAAAAUAUUUUUUUAAAAAUCAUCUUUGUACCUGACUGAAAUCACAAUUGGAAAUAAAUCAUUUCUUACA